AUGGGUCAUUGUACGAGUAAAGAUCAGAAGGAGGGGAAACGAUUGAAUCGACGAAUCGAUGAGCAAAUCAAGAAGGAUCAAUCGAUGAGUUUGAGGAUUAUUAAAUUAUUGUUGUUAGGUGAGUUUGGGGCGUUAAUUAGUGAAAUUUAUUAAUUAAAAAUUUUUUAGUUUGGGGGAUUUUGAAGAAAAAUUGCAUUUGAAACUUGAGGGGAAAUUGAGCGAAAAUGGGAUUUUUGUGAAAACAUAUUAUCGGUACUCCACGCGCUCCACCGAAAUAAACACGCAACGCAGACCGCGUCGCGCCACAACACACACAAAAACGGGAGGGAAUUUGAAUCGUUCCCUUGUGUUGUGGCGCGACGCGGUCUGCGUUGCGUGUUUAUUUCGGUGGAGCGCGUGGAGUACCGAUGAGAUUUUCGAUAAUACAUGUUCCUUUAAAGUUUACUGUAGAUUUGAAGCUUCCCUUUAAAGUUCCUUGUAGGUUCACAGUCUUUCAGAGAGCUUAAAAAUAUUUUCGAAAAUCUUUAAAAUCAGAUUUUCUGCCAUGUUCCUUUAAAGUUCACCGUAAGUUCACGGUUUUCUUAAAAAAUUUCAAACUAAAACAUACUGUAGCUUCUCUUUGAGACCCAAAUGCACCUUUACAUUCCUAUGCUCCUUUAAAAUUUCCCCCCGUAAAUCUACCCCGACUUUGUUAUUCGCGGUUCAAAUUUCAUAACCUGAUAUUUUCGAAUUUCCAAGAACUCAUUUUCAGUUUUUCACAUAAUUAUAUAUCCAGAUACAUAAAGUGAAAUAAAAAUCGUCGCAUUUUUAUUUUUGAGUCAUCUGAAUGACGUCGACAAAAAAGUGGAGAAGAGCAUCAAAAAUUAUUUUUCUCUACUCUCUCAUGUCAUCCAAUUAAUAUACAUACUAACAAGUUUUGCAUUUUCAAAAAAAAAAAAAAGUUUGCCUCGGAGCGGGAUCGAACCCAAGACCAAAAAUUUCAAAGUCGAGCGUGUUACCACUCGGCCACGCGCUCACUUAUUUCUUCACAUGCAAAUGUUUGAUAUAUUUUUGCAGGCGCCGGUGAGAGUGGAAAAAGUACAAUUCUGAAGCAGAUGCGCAUUUUGCACAAAGACGGAUUUUCACAACAGGAUUUGGAGAUGAUUCGACCGGUUGUCUACUCGAAUUGUAUUCACAGUAUGUUGUCGAUUUUGAGAGCAAUGUUUCAUUUGCAAAUUGAGUAUGGAGAAGCGGAUCGAGUGGUUAGUUUGGUUGCAAAUUAGAUGUGUAAAACUAUAGUCUAGUCUUCUAUGGCGUCAUUUUUCCGUUCAGACUAAUUUGAGACUUGAAAUUCAAACAUCUGGCGAGAUAAUUAAUGAUUGGAAUACGGUGUUCGAAAAAACCCCAGGUGUUGAUUUUUGAACUUUGAUUUCUUCUGGAUGAUUUGUGGUUUCUAAAAUCUAAGUUAUCCUAACUUCAAAUUUUGAGCAACGCAAAAAAACAGAAACAGUUUCCUUUUCACCAACAUUUUCCCCUUAUGAAAAAAAGGGAGACGUGGCCUAGUGGAUAGCAUUUUUGCCUGGCGUGCAUUAGACCAGGGUUCGAAUCCUAUUGCCCGCGAAUUUUUUUAUUUUUUGGCGUCAUGUGCUGCUUGGGAUUUUAUGAGCAAUUUGAGCGGUUAAAUUGAAAAAAAAGAGAAUAAUUAGAUAUCUCGGGUUACUGUACUUCCAGGUGUUGAUUGAUUUUUGAAACUUGAUUUUCUAGAGCUCAUUUUAAGUGAAAGCUAAAUUCAGAAGUCCAAAAAAAAAUAAUUUUUUCGCAGAAAGAUUCCCAAAUGGUCUUCGCCACCGUUCACGCCAACAAAGAAGAGUUAACCGAAGAAUUGGCGGCCGCAAUGACAAGAUUAUGGCAUGAUUCUGGAGUUCGAGAGUGUUAUAGACGAUCCAAUGAAUAUCAGAUUGAUGAUUCCGCAAAAUAGUUAGUACAACUUGAUUUUCUAGAUCUAAUCCAUGAUUUUUCCAGUUUCCUUGACAAUCUUCCCCGAUUAUCCGGCAAAAAUUACGUGCCAAGUGAACAAGAUCUUCUUCGAACUCGCAUCAAAACCACCGGCAUCACUGAAGUUCUCUUCGAGUUGAAGGGUCUAACCUUCAGGGUGAUUGAUGUUGGUGGUCAAAGAUCGGAGCGGAAAAAAUGGAUUCAUUGUUUCGACAACGUCAACGCCAUCAUUUUCAUCUCAUCGCUUUCAGAAUAUGAUCAAACUUUGAGAGAGGAUAAUUGCACGGUAUGUGUUUAUUUAUUUUAGACGGAGACCACCCACGAAGCCGCUGACUUUUGAAACUUCAAAUAUUCCUGUGCAAAAGUGCGAGGCGCCCAUUGAGUCAGACGCGAGACGACGAGAGUAUUUUACAAAAAUAUGCCGAAAAUGAAUUUCGCUUCGAGAUAUUUUCAAUAAAACAUGUGUUCCUUGAAACAAAAUACGGUAUUUUUUCAAAGGCACACAGAUUUUCUCAAAAAUAUCUCGAAGCGAUGUCUGACCCGAGGGGCUGCCUUUAAGACAAAAUCAAACAAAUUCCAAAAAAUAUUUUCAGAACCGAAUGCAAGAAUCGUUGAAACUUUUCGAUUCAAUUUGCAACAGUCCCUGGUUUGCUGACAUUCAUUUCAUCCUAUUUUUGAAUAAGAAAGAUCUAUUCGCUGAGAAAAUCGUCAGAUCUCCGUUGACUGUUUGUUUCCCAGAAUAUAAAGGACAACAGAAUCAAACGGAAUGUAUUAAUUAUAUUCAGUGGAAGUUUGAACAAUUGAAUCGGUGGGUUUUUGAUUUGGGCUAGAAAAUUUAAAAGUGCUCAUUUGAAAGAGCAUGUUUUAAUUAGUACAUCCCUCGAAUUUCUGGAAGCUUCUGAAACUUUAAAUCCAAACUACAGUACUUGUUCGAAAUCUACAAUAUUUUAAUUAAAGUUCGAGAAGCUUCUAACAGGCUCUUUCAAAUUAGCAUAACUUAUUUUUUGCUCACGAUCAGACUUCACCUUUAAAAUGACGUGAGAAUUUCAAUGUUAUGUUCUGUCUAAUGUAAAAUCUAGUUAUGAAUCAUAUUUUUCCCAUAAAAAACAUAAAUUUGGCCAAUGAGGGGUUUCCAUGACUAAUUGAAGAAAUGAAAUGUACUCUGAACUUUCCGGAAAUUUCUAGAUGAUCCUGAAAAUCUAGGGAGUCAUCUAGACAUUCCAGAAAAAUUCUAAAACUUCUUAAGAAAUCAGGAGAAGCCUUCUGGAUUAUGAUUAGACUCUGAAAGUCAGUAGAGUUGGUUCCAGGGCUUCUGGAAAAAUUCAGAGAUCCACCCAGGUAUUUCGAAAGUUCUUCCCGGAAUUCUAAAAGAUCUAGUGAACCUUCUAGAAUUUCUGGAAUUCUUCCCAGGAUUCUGAAAAAUCAGGGGAUUUAUCUAGAACUUUUGGAACUUUCUCAAGAUCCCAGGAAUUUUUAGAAAUUCACUUGAAAAUCCAAAAAAUUUGAGCACAAAAUUCGUAAAAAAAAUUUUGAAAAAAAAAUUCGGCAUAAUUUUUUUCUCAAGAAAAUUUCAAGAUCUAAAAUUUUCCAGCUCUAAUUUUCAAGGCCAAUCAAAAUCUGGUUCACAUUUUUUCCAAAAAAUCAAUGUUUCCGGGGCUUCUGAAAAAUCUAGUGAUCCAUCUAGACCUUCUAGAAUUCUUUCCAGGAUUCUAAAACAUCUAGAGAUUCGUCUAGAAUGUUUCCCGGGCUUCUGAAAAAAAAUCCCAGGUUACAGAAAGCUCUACUUGAGUUAUCUGAACUUUCUGCGAUUUUUCUCGAUCUUUUUAUUAAUUUUUAAAUUUUUGGUAUGAAAAUCUAUCUUUAGAAUCAAAAUUUUUCGAAUUUUCAGCACAAAACUCGUGUAAAACUUUAAGAUCCAAAAAUUCACCUCCCUAACUUUCAAAAUCCCUUUCAGAUCCUCUCAACGCGAAAUCUAUUGCCAUCACACGUGUGCCACCGACACAAACAACGUGCAAUUCGUCUUGGACGCCUGUCUCGAUAUGAUAAUUGCCAAAAAUCUCAAAUCAAUGGGACUCUGCUAA